AUGUCUCCAAAAUCAAAUACAACUGGUAACACUGCCACUACCACUAAUUCCUCCACUAAUCCUACUACUACUGCUUCUUCUUCUUCUUCAAAUGGUACCGCCACUACCACAGCUACAGGGUUUAGCCAUAGAGAAGUGUCUAGAAAGAAUAAAAGAAGAAUAAAUCUAGAGAACAAAGUGAAUAAAAUUAGUGAAAACUUCAUUAAAAAUAAAGAUCUUCAUUAUAAAGAUAGAUUAACAACGUUACAGACUAAUCUGACUAGUUUACAUCAAGGCACAAAUCUGUUACUCUUAAGCAAAUUGAGAGACUUGGAGGAGAUUAGAGAUUUGGAAUUGGUCAGAUUAAGACUCUAUGAAGAAUACAGAGUAAGCAGGUCGAGCAUUGAGUUUCAAGAAGAUAUUGAAAAAGCGAAAUCUGAUCAUGAAAAAUUGGUUAAACUAUGUAAAGAAAAACUAUAUUUUAAAAUUGAACAGAAGAUUAGAAAAUUACAAGAGGAAAGAUUGUUAAUGGAUGUGGCCAAUUUACACUCAUAUUCAAUGGAUUAUAGCAGGCCUUUUAUAUAUCAAAAGAAUACGAGAAGCCAGACUGUAAGUGGUGCCAAUAAUAAUAUCAAUGAAAAUAACGGCUAUACUAAUUACGAAUGGGAAUCAUCCUCAAAUGAGUUUGCCACUAGAGGUGACACAGCAAAUGAUAGUGCAACUGAUACAGGGACCGAAAGAAGAUCUUUGCGUAGAAGGACUGCCAAUUCAAGAAACGGUAAUGCGAGUGGCACGGACGUUGACGGGGGUGUCUAUGGCAAUAGCUAUUAUUUACUUGGGGAAGUGACAGAAGAAUCAGACUUUAGAAGUCGAUACUCAUCAACAGGUAGUAAAAGACAUGGUACUACUAAUAAUAAUUCAACUCAGAGGGGUAAACAUGGCUCAGGAAACCAAUCUGAUAUUAAUUCGGAUGCAGAUUUCCUUCAAGGUAUCAGUGAUUAUGAAGAUUUACAAACGUUACUGUUUGGUGAAAAGACCAUAGAAACAACAACCAAUUCGAAUAAAAAAAGACACAGAAUAAAUCCACGAUAUUCCACUAAAUCUGCACCUCCAUUAGAAUCAUUAACACCGGAUGAAGUCACUAGUGAUAUUGCAUUGAUUAGAGAAUUAACAGGUCAAUCACCUGCUCCAUUUAAACUACGUAAUCCACCUAUUGAAUAA